ACUACUCCAUCAGAUAGUGAUACUAGCGCUACCACUUCAUCACCACAUGAAUAUCAGGCGGCAAGUAUGAAUUUAGAUACUUGAAAACGGAAUGGGAUGGUUUAGACUAACCUGCCCCAUGACCAUCCCUAUUGUCGAGUCAAGUUGGAUCUCAGAUUUUCGCGUGGAAGAAUGGGAGAAAUAACCGGGAUUAGGUAAAGUAGUUAAAUGAGGGUAUUUCUGGACAAACACUUAAACGACAUUUUACUUUCAGCGCCAAAAUCAAAUGCAUUGGCGCCGAUUUGCUACUAUUGUCAGAUGAUAUGGAUUCAAAGACGAAAUUGACCAAACCCUAACUCAAUCUGAACCAGUAAAACUACCCAGGCGCUCUGUCUCUCUCGCUCUUCGUACCAUUUCAGUUUCUGCGGGGACUGAAAAUCUGUAAUCGCCCGCCCUCUCACUCGCCCUUGCUGCCUCUCGCAAUUUUGCGCCAUUUAGAGUUUCGAUUUCGGUUCGGGUCCUUUCAGGUCUUAGUCCAAGUAGCUCACACUCUCGACAACGUAAUCGAACGCUUUCUCCCAAGUUACAGUUCUAUGAGCUUUCCCUUGGAACCGAAUUGAUUUCCUGCGUUGUUCUGCGAUUUCUAUAUCUGUGCUUGGUUAUCCGAAUCGGUAGUUAUUAGCUGACUGAAAUCUAUCUGUAUCUGCAGGAUGAAGAGGGUGUGCCAGUACAGUGCUGAUAGAAUCACCAGCCUUCCUAUCGAUGUAGUACAUCGCAUUCUCGUGUUCUUACCCAUUAAAGAUGCUGCCAAAACUAGCGUCUUGUCAAGCAAAUGGAGGCAUCAGUGGAGAAGUAUUCCUCAACUUUGUUUUGAUAGUCGUUUUGCUCAAAUAAUUACAGAGGCUGAAUCUGAAUCAAAGGUGAGAAGUAAGCUUACAAUGCUGAACAUCUACAAGGCCCUACUUCUUCAUGAUUGGCCAAUAACCAAGUUUGAGCUUUCUAUCCCUGGAUUAGUGUCCUGCGAUGAUGAGAUGGACCUCAUCGUUCUUUACCUUUCUAAUAAAGGUGUCCAAGACUUUACCCUCUGGUUCGAGGGUCUUGACCCUAACUAUGCUUAUCAGAUGCAUUCUUCUCUGUUUUCUGCACUUCACCUGAAAUCCCUGGAACUUCAGUGCUGUGAAUUUACACCACCGUCUUGGUUUGAUGGGUUCAGUAAGCUUACCGAUCUACGAAUUGGAGAAUCUGAUUUGCCCUACGAUUUCUUCCAGAAUUUCCUUGCCAAGUGCCCAAUGCUUGAAUACUUGAUGGUUAUAGAUUGUGACGGUCCUCCUGAUAAGCUUGAAAUCGUGUCUCCAUCUCUCAAAUCCUUCCACUUUGCGGGGGCCCUCAAGGGUAUCAGUUUCAAGGGCACUCCCCUUUUGUCAUUUGUCGCACUUUUUCUGUAUGAGCCCGACAUCCAUGACAUGGCAACUCUUUUUGCUUCUAUUCCAACAAUCCAAAAGUUCUGUACUAACGGUGGAUUCCUGCAAAACCUUACUGCAGGUCAUAGAAAUGUCCCCUCCUCCAGGCUUCCUUCUCCUCUUCACCAGUUAGAAGUCCUCGAAAUUAUUGACCUUGACUUUGAUAGUCUGGACCGGGAGCAUGGUUUUGUUUGUUUGAUCAUGAGUUCUCCAAACCUGCAUAGGCUCAAAAUUCAGCUGAAUCCUAGCAUGCUAGAUGAUCAGCCCACAAAGAAUGAAGUUAGCAGCAUACGGAGGUUAUUGGAAGCAGAUGACUGCUUUGGAUCUUCUAAAUGCCUUCAACAUCUUAGGGAGUUCACAAUUGAGGAUAGCUGUGGUACACAGGUUGAGCUGGACCUUGUGAGGUUCGUCCUAGCCACUGCCCCUCUACUUCGACUGGUUCACAUUACAGCUGCACAUACUUUGAGCUCUAAAAUGGUUAUGAAAUUUUCGAUGGAGGCGUUGAGAUAUAAGCGUGUUUCUAAAGAAGCGGAGUUUGUAUAUCCAUGGGUUGAUAAGGAUAAUGACUGGGAAUUUGUGGCUUUUGCCCGUUGAAAUCAGAACCCCUGAACUUCUGUCUUUCACAAUUGCAAAGUUGGUUGAGGAAUGUAAGGAUGUAUCUCUCUCAUAUCGAUUGUGUUUUGAAAGUCCAGUCUACUUGGUACCUAAACUCUCGAUUUCCAGCCGCCAAUUUUGGUUUACAAGAAAGUAGCGCCACUGAU